CACAAUAAUGAUUUCUUAAUGGACUAUUGACUCGACAAUUGUGAAUGUUUGGGACCCAUUAUGAAAGGAAACACAGUGAAUAUAUUGGUCCUGGGUAAAGAAGGCGUAGGGAAAACAGCUCUAGUGGUGCGUUUUCUAACCGGAAGAUUUCUAACUGAGUAUGCGCAAUGCGAUGAAAUGGCUUACGAAAGAAGUAUCACACUGGAUGACAAGCAAGUUUCGCUCAAGGUCAUAGACGUUGGUGGCAAGAGCAUAGCCAAAAAGUCGAGUUCCAAGGAAAGUCUUCAAAAGAUAGAUGGCGCUGUUGUAGUUUACUCCAUCACCGAUCGGCAGAGUUUUAGCGUUGCUGAAUCCAUUGUUGAUUGGUUGAGAAAAGAACGUAGUUCAUGCAUUCCAUUAUUGUUGCUAGGCAACAAAUCCGACCUCGACCACUCACGGGCGGUCUCUAACCAAAAGUCAGAGGACAUCGAAUGGCGAAAUACUGGGUACAUGAUUUCCGAAUGUUCUGCGUCAUCAGAUUCCGAAGGAGUGACGAGGAUUUUCCACAUGUUGGUUCGAAAGAUACUGGAAAAACGUGAGACACACUUAAAGGUCCAGAGAAAAUUGUCAUUAUCGCACGCGCCACUUGGGUCACCCAAAUUGAUCAGAGCUCACCUUCGCAGGAGGUUCAGUGUGUUUACCCGAGAAAGAACGUCCACAAUGUAA